UUGAGACGGAAAAACCUUCGUUUCCGUAAUUAAUUUGUUGUAUCCAAGAAGAACAAUCAAAAUGAUGACAUACGCGAACAGCAAGCCGUUGAUAAUUGCAGUAAAUUCAUUUGUCUUAGUUGCCGGUAUUAUUUUGUUAGUUAUCUACCAUUGCGGCAAUAAAGAUGAUACACCUCAAAGUGACUAAGAAUGCACUAGGCGAACCAUUUCUAUUUGAUUAUGCAGCCAGAGCUCCUUUGUUAUGGUUCUGGUCGGGCUCGCAGUUCGGUGUGUGCCGUAACGUAAUAUGCAGCAGCAACAAUAGUUUCGGCCUCAUCAUCAUCCUGUGGAUCCAGCUCCUGCUCCUUGCCCAACUCCAGCUCCGUUCCUCCCCGGGAUCGCCCCCAGAGCCCGUGCUCAUGCCAUGCCAAGCAAACAUUGCCGUUCGGCGGCAGUCAUCGUCGCCAAAGCUGCACAUGCUAUAUGAUUAA